AGUGCCUUGAGGCUCAGAGGCAGGAACCAUGUCUGUCGUGCUCCUGGUUGUCGGUCUGGUUAUAGGAGUUGCUUACAUUUACCGUCACAUUGUGGUGAAGGGCGAGAGAUGCACGAGCAAAGCAAAGCUUCAUGGGAAAACUGUGAUUGUCACUGGAAGCAACACUGGCAUAGGGAAGACCACGGCCAUAGACCUGGCGAGGAGAGGAGCCAGAGUGAUCCUGGCCUGCCGCUCUAAGCAGAGAGCAGACGCUGCUCUGGAAGAGAUCAGGCGGGAGAGUGGAAGUAGCCAGGUGGUUUUUAUGCAGCUGGAUCUGGGAAGUCUCAAGUCUAUUCGCAGUUUUGCAGAGUCAUUUCUGAAGUCUGAACCGAGACUGGACAUUCUGAUCAAUAACGCAGGUAUUUGCCUGCAGGGUCAAACAGAAGAUGGAUUUGGAUUGAUGUUCGGUGUCAACCAUCUGGGUCACUUCUUGCUGACCAACUUGUUGUUGGACCGGCUGAAGGAAUGUGGCCCCAGCAGGAUAAUCAAUGUGUCGUCCAUGGCGCACAACUUUGGAAAAAUAGAUUUCGACUGCCUGAACAGUCACAAAGCUCUGGGCUUGGGGACGUCCUUCAUACGACUUUUCCAGAUCUACUGCGACAGCAAACUGUGCAACGUUCUCUUCAACCAUGAGCUAGCCAAGAGGCUGCGAGGAACUCAGGUCACCUGCUACACUCUCCACCCAGGAGCCAUCAGCUCAGAGCUUGGUAGGAACACUGGCUUAUUCCUACAAAUCGUCCUCAAACCCAUCACCGCCUUCUUCUUCAAGAACACCGUUCAGGGAUGCCAGACCACCCUCCACUGUGCCCUGCAGGAGGGCAUCGAGCCCCUCAGUGGACGCUACUUCUCCAACUGCACCGUUAGAGAUCUGUUUGCUAAAGCCAGGGAUGAUGCUGCUGCAAAGAAGCUGUGGGAGAUCAGUGAGAGAUUGUGUGGUCUUGUCUGAGGCAGAAGGAGAAGUUUCAGUUUAAACCACGACAAGGACUUGUGUUUUCUGCUAGCUGGUGUUAGGUGUGACUUGACGGCCUCGUUUGAUUUAACUGACUGAAAACUGGGGCUAAAACUGAUCAAGUGGAUGAAAGCUGAAAUGUUGGCAAGUAUUAUAAUGCAUGACCAAAUGUAUAGUAAUGGAAAUCUGGAGAGUCUUUCUGAACCGCCUGAAUGCAACAGUUUUCUCUAGAGCUCAGAUGUGUUUCGGAUGUGAACUGAUUGAUUAAACUUUCUUCUUCUGUAACUCGG